GCAAAUACUUUCAUCAAUUCAUUUUUGAUAAUUAACUAGAUUUUACAAAGUUUCAGAAGCAAAUUUAUGAAAAUUCUAUGAAAUAUUACGUUAGUUAUAUAUAUGCUGGUUGUUAAGUAUGUUUUAAAAAAGUGCUAAAGCGAUAAAACUGGUUUCUCAAAUUUCACAUAAAAUGGAUUCAAAUGCAUUUCAAAAACUAUUAACCGCAUCGAAUCAUCGAAAUGGUAUUGUAUACAAACCUGAUCCUUGUCCCACUGAACAAGAUGAUGUCGAAUCUGACGAGUAUACGAUCGUGAAGGUUGAAAACACAUCUGAUGAGGAAACUACUCUCGAGGUUUAUCAAAAUACGAGGUUUGACAAAAGAAACGAUAAUCCUGCCGCGCUGUCCACCUUGGAGCAAUACCCAACUGUUCCAUUAAAGCGUUCAUAUAGUGUUAUGAUACAUGCCGACACUGCUUCGAUUUCAGCAUCUGGCCCUGUUCUAACAAAACACCCCAAGUCUUCCUUAGCUGUAAAUAACCAACACAACACUAAAGUUCUAAGCUCAAGCACCUGUGGUAGUACGUUGAAAACUCGUAAAAAAGUGACUGUGCGAGAGUACGUCUAUGAGUUACCCGCUGCUGAUGUGCCGGAUAACGAAGCGAUCGGUCUGCUGUCCAUGUUCGACAUGGAUGCUCAAAAUAUGCCAUUGGAUGCGAUGUGUAAACUCUGGGGUAUCGCAUCUCUUUACCCACCGUUGAUUGACAAUAGAGUAACCGAUGUCAAAAGACUUCUACGACUCGAACCAGAGGAUAUCAAUGAGUUGACCCGUAUUAUUGGAUACCGAAUUAUACUUAGAGAUAUGAUAUAUUAUCUGAAGGGCAGAUGUACGACGCCGUCUGUAGACUCGUCCGUUGAACCUUCCAAAAGAGCUACGGAUAUCGUUUAUGAUCCCCAAUUUCCGGAUCUUCAAAGUUUCCUGUGCAGUUCCCUAACCGGUCAAUGCAUUAUAAAAUAUUACGAAGCCAAGCAUGAGCUCGACAACACAAGAAGAAACGAAAUGGUUAAAAUCAUCAUCCUGGAAGCCAUCAAGCGAAACAUAAAGUUAAAUCAUGCAUUUUUUAGAUCGAUAAGCUCGUCAAUCAAUGCAAUUUUUCCAAAUGAACCGAUGACAAUCUAUUUUACACCUCAGAGCAGAAUAGGCGAUCGAUUACUUGCGGCGGGAGGUAAAUUCAUCAAACGUAAAGGUGUCAUCCUGCGAUCACUGGAGGUCCCAGGUGACUCUGAGUCGAUCGAUCGAGCUGAGGAGGAUAGGAUAGUUGAUAGAGAAGAACAGGAAGAGGCACGGAUGUGGUUGGUUGAAGGAAGAACCCCCGAAGCAGAAGUCGUAGAACAAUGGGUCAAAUGUCGUGAAUUGCGGAGAAAAUUAUUUUCUGAACUAAAAUCGGUUGAAAGCCGUGUUUCUAUGUUUCCCAUAGUUCAGGAAUCCUGUGGCAAAAGUUUGCUAAUAUCAGAUUUUGAAAGUGAACACCCUGGGAAAUUGCAAAAUUUCUACCGCUCAUUUCCUGAACUGCAUUUAGCAAUUGGCAAACAUUUGGAAUCCAUCAAAGAUAAUGAAACGCGAGACAAAAUCGGAUUGUACAAGAACGCGCAAACCGAGGAAAGUAAAAAUGUACUGUUGGCCUUUUUACUUCCCGCGCUUAUUCCUACGAAUUAUCGUGUGAGUGGGACUUGGCGACCUUCAAUUAAAGAAUCGCUUGAUGGCUUUAUUUUAUAUGUUCCGAAAGCCGAACAGAUGGAUGCGGUCAUCGAAACCAGAAAGUGUCUACUGUUGGGGAAAAGCAGUGCCAGCAAGGAACUGCGUCUUCAAUCAACCGUCCUGGUCAUCGGUGACAUCAAUGACCCGACCUAUUUUGUGGUUUGUGAACGCUUGCAGUACCCAGUCAAGUCCAUCGUUGAAGCGAUCGGGUUUGCUGUUGUACUCACGUGUACACUAAAUUUGCGUUUCAACGACGAUGCAAAACCAAUUUGGCUUUUCAUCCAGCAGUAUCUAUUUCAGAUGUUAACUUUGGACACGGCAAAGUCCACUGAAGAAUUCAUCAGAAAACUAAGAAUGGUGUAGCCGUAAACAAGCGUCAAUUUUGUUAAGGAAAAUAUAAUCAAAUAUAUUUUGGUUCUACUAUAAGUGUUUUUGUCACCCCAUUCGCAUGAAAAAAGAUAGAAAUAUAUUUAAAAAAAACAUCUUGCAGAUGUAAUCGAAA